AUGGCAUCUCCAAGUAAACCCAAAUUGCUUCCAUGUACUCCUUGCAUGGUCAAACUAGGAUGGGUCGACCUAUUGACUAUACCUGGUGGUAUGAGUUUACUGGAGCUAUCUGGAACCCUGGUAUACAAGUUCUGCAAGGUCUAACUGGCAGCCUUGGUCUGCUGGAUAUAUUUGACUGUCUGGGAGCCUCGCUCUAGUUGGCAGUCUAGAAGUCUGAGUCUACUUAGCUACCUUUGCAAUCUGGCGGCACGGCUUUACUGGUGGACCCUGUAGCCCAGUAGACUCAGAUAGUACCGGACUACCAGGUAGAGCCAUAAACCCAGGCAGACCCAGCCAUGUUGACCACUUGCACUCCUGAUUCUCCUCUUUCUCCUUCUGGAUUCAAAAAUAAUUUAUUUGCCGACAACCAUGAACGAAACUCGUACCUGCUCAUUUUUUCCUUUUUAUUUUUUUCAGUGAGACAUUUACUUCGAAAAUUUGACCAAUAAUUUUCCUAGAAAUUUAUUAGUCAAUUCAUAUCUUAUAACUCCCCCCCCUCCGUGAGCGAACAAAAAAAUUUUGUUCGCUCACGGAGGGGGGUUAAUUUUUUUUUUUUAAAAAAAAAUUUAUAUAUAAAUUUUAUAAAAAAUAUUUUUUCGAAAUUAAAAAAAAUCCUAAUUUGCAAAAAUUGGGAAGCAAAUAUUAAUUUAAUUUGCAAAAUUUAUGUUUUAAAACGCAAAUUUGUUUAAAAUUAAACAGAAUUAGCUCUAGAUUUCAUUAUACUAAUUAUCACUUAUAUAUCAAAAUUUUUUUCCAUUAAAAUUUUUUCUAUUAAAAAAAUUUUUGUUCACUCACGGAGGGUGGGUUUUUUUGGUCAAAAAAUGGCGAUUUUUCUAAUGGUUUUGUUCGCUCACGGAGGGGGGGGGGGGAGUAAGGAAAAAAUUAUUAUUAAUUUCCAAGUAAUUUCCCAUCAAAAUUGAUUGAAUAAUAUGCAGCCCUCGUACCAUUACAGAGUUUCGAGCUCUCCAGCCUGUUUGAAGCUAAAUGUUUCCAAGCCUGAAAUUCCCUAUGACUUUUCAAGCCCAAAAAGCUCAAUAUCAAAGCAGCAAAGAGACCAAGACAGAAAAAUUACAAACAUCAUCAACGACUGUGUGCUGAUGCAAGACGAAUUAAUUGGGGCUUGAAAAUCAGCUGCUACUGCAGUAAAGUCUCACAAAAAGCACCUUAAAUUUAUGAAAGCUCACGUUUUCUCUGCUAAAUUUAAUUCAUUUUUACAAGAUGAAAUAUUCAGCGAAAAGAAAAAUAAAAUCAAAGAAAGCGCAAAGCAGCUGAACCAAGACAGCACGCUUACAUUAAAGCAUAGAAAGGUAAAAUCAUUAUUAACCUCACCUAAAAGAAGUGGGAGCUCUACAAGACUUCCAAGUCCUGAUGGGCUUCUUAACCAAAAAAGUGAGCAAGUUUUUGUUACUGCGCAGGAUUUGUCUGAUUAUGAAACUGCUAAAUUAGUAUACCUAUAAAUAAUAAAUAUAAAUAGUCUAUAGAUCUUUAGUAGAUAUUACAUAGGAAAUAGGAUGCACAAAGUCAUUAUAAAUAAGCAUAUCUUUGAAUCGAAGGGUUUUUGGAGAGAAUUUUGGAGUGGAAAUUAAAGAUGGCCCUCAAAGAACAAGAGAAAAGCGAAAGUCAAUGAUCAAUAUAAAUGAUAUAUCCCCAGAACAGACUAUAAUGGCUGACUUGAAAUCAUAUUUACACAGAAAAAACCAAAAAAAGCAUAAAACAGCCGAAAAAAUGUCAGAGCCUGAUUUAAAGGCGAAAUUAGAAGAGCAGAAACAAGUUGAAAAAAUCCCCUCGAUGUCUCCGUUGAACCAAUAUAUCUUCAGCGAAUGAGGCAGAAUGAUGCCAAGGAAUUGCUUUACAAGUGAAAACAUAAGACACAAAAGCCUCCCUGAAAAGAAAGAUGAAGAAAAACCUAAACAACCUAAGGCAGAGCCAGAAAUCUCGAACACCUCAAAAUACACAGCGCAAAAGCGCAUAAGCCAAAUUAACUACUCCGAAAAAAAAGACCUCACAAAACAAGACCUUGAGCUUAUAAAUGAUAUUAAGCAAGAAGCCAACGAUAAUAAACUAAGAAGGCGGGUCAGGCGUUUUGUAACCCAAAGACAGCAUGUAGCGUACGUGCAUAAAGAAAUGCCAAUGAAUCCAUAA